UAUAUAAUACGUGACUCGAAAAAGAUAUAGAGAAACAAUACACAAUUAAGCACAACAUCCCUAGCUAGCUCAGCUCAGCUCAAAAUUCGACCACCACUGCUUACCAGCAAGAGAGUAUAAUAAUAAUUAUUAACAUAUACAGGAGUUUGCUUAUUGAUUAAUUUCAUAUAUAGCUAGCUAGUUAGCUAUGGCGGAAGAGUUUCAAAUUCAGGGAGGGAUUUGCGGCGGCGCGAACUGGUGGAACCCAUCGAGAAGCGUGUUUUCGGCGGCGGCGUUACCGUGUUCCAUGGGAAGCUUCGGAUGGCCGAAUAAUAUUAAUCAUGAUUUGCUUGACAUCAAGAUGACUAGGUCAUCUUCUUCGUCUGGGGAGGAGACUACUGCUCAUGAUCAUUCUUGUAAUAACAUUUUUCAAGAUCAGGUAGUUGAUCAUCACGAUCACGAUCACGAUCACGAUCACGAUCAAGAUCAAAAAUCUCUUCAUCAUCUCCAAACCCAUAAUCACAUCAGUUCCGUCAGUGGUGCCGGUACCGGUAUUCUGAUUGACUCCACGUCUUUGCAAAUGAUGGGUUAUGGCCUUUCGACCUCACCAACCUCAGAUUUCACUACUAACCAACCAUUUGUUUCUCGAAGUAGUAGCAAUGGAAGAGCAGAGAGAAACAACAACUUUUAUUCCAUGCUUCAACAAGACCACAUGGCUAGCACCAAGUUGAAUUACAGACAAGAAAUUUGUUCCUUAGACGAAAACGACUCAUCAUCUCAAAUCCAAAAGGACUGUUGGACUAGUUGUACCACUACAACUACUACCAGUCCUCCGCCCAAGGGUUUCUCAUCAGCCGGCGACGACAUCAUGGAUUCCUCCGCAACCUGCACGGCCACUAGCCAAGCCUUGUCCGCCGGCUUCCCGGUGGCCUCCUCUCCGUUCGAGUACACGUCGGCAGCAUUGCUGCAAAACUUGUUUGAGGGCGAAACCACUAGCAGUACAGCCGCGGCCGCCAAUCAACUGCCAGUACACGAACAAUCUUUUGGCAAUAGUAUUAACCAGUUAUCUGUGAACAUCAAUAACAAUUACUCGGCAUCAUCAGUAGAUGCUAAUAACAACAGUUACAUGUCCAGUACUAACAAUAUUUGGCCGAGAUUCUCUCCCUUAAUCCCAAGUUCUCGUCCUUCGGUGCCGUUGUUAAAGCACCAACUAGCAGCAGCAGCAGCAGUACCACCUCCUGGCUUGCACUUCUCCAACAAUACACCCUUUUGGAAUGCCUCUUCUCCAGUUGCCGGCCCAAACGACGGCGUUUUUCCCAACUCAACACAGCCACAGCAGCUACGAUAUGUCACACCAAAGUUUGAGGAAAAACCCAGUAAAUGUAACAAUUAUGUUACCAAGGUCAAUUCUAAUAUUGAGGAUGUUCAUCAUGACUCGGCCGGAUCCAUUUCGAAGAAAAGUAGUAACAGUACUACUGGAAAUGACCAACCUGUGGUGAAAAGACCUAGAAUUGAAACGCCGUCACCGUUACCGACUUUUAAGGUCCGGAAAGAGAAGUUGGGGGACCGAAUCACUGCUCUUCAGCAACUCGUUUCGCCUUUCGGAAAGACAGAUACAGCUUCAGUAUUACAUGAAGCCAUCGAAUACAUCAAGUUUCUACACGAUCAAGUCAGUGUUUUAAGUACUCCAUAUAUGAAGAAUAAUGGAGCUGCCAUUCAAGCACACCAACAGGGAUCCAAUAAACUACAGAAGAACCAAGAUGAGUCAAGCCCAAAACAAGAUUUAAAAAGUCGUGGACUCUGUUUGGUUCCAAUUUCAAGCACAUUCCCAGUUGCGAAUGAGACCACAGCUGAUUUUUGGACACCCACGUCGGCGUUUGGAGGAACUUUCAUCAGGUGAUGAUGAUGGUGAUCAUCACAGAUCACAGAGACUACUACUGGAAAUUAACGUUUCUUUAAUUAUUAUUAUAAGUAUUUUGGAUAUAUGGUAUUAUUAUCAAGCUACUACGACUACUACUACUGAUAAUUAGUGUCUGCUAAUAUAAUUACAAGUGUUGAAGAGUACUAUUUAAUUAGAGUACUGUUUGGUCACUUGGAUUAUUAGACACAGCCAAAUUAGGAGUAGGAGUAGUACUUGGUGAUCAUCAAAAAGGUAGAUAAGCGCCCACAGUUGCCGUGCUGUGCCAGUCUUGAAAGAAAAGGCUUUAUAAUAAAAGGAAAAAGAGCUCAUAAGAAAAGACAAUGAUUUUUCUUAAGAGGGACAGAAUGCUGGGCCAGCUGCAAGCAGAAUGAUAUAUUAGUUGGGUAGAAGAAGAAAAAAAAAAUAUAUAUAUAUAUAUAUGUUAUGUUUUAUAACAAGUAAUUUAUAUAUAUAUAUAUAUUAUGAUAUCGAUCGAUCAGGUGGGUUAGGAGCAGGAACAGGUGCUAAAUUCAGCGGAAGUCGACAUUAGUUUAUGGAUAUCAAUAGUUGUCAUUUGUUAAAGCUUUUGUUAUUGUUGUUGUUUUUGGUUUUUUUGUUUUUGGGGUUGACGAAUAGCUGAAUUUAGCAGAUGGGGUUUUAGUCAUGAACCUUUUGUUCCUGUUAUUAAUGUAUAUUGUAUACAGGCCUACAUUCCACCUUUUAUUAUUAUUAUUAUUAUUAAUUAAGAGUGAAAAAGAUUACAGAAAAACAUAUA